AUGUCAUCGAGCGUCUCUCUUGCCCCCAGCAGCGCUGCCCCGGCGCCCAGCGCCAGCGCUGCCCCCUCCGGCUUCGGUAACGACAGCGCCAACCCCGGCUGCACCUACGCGAACCCCCACUGCUGGGCCAAGAAGUCGAACAGCUCCGCCGAGAGCUGCUGCUACAAGGUCAACGCCAACUGGAAGUCGCAGUGCGACGCCUGCUUCUUCCCCGACGCGUCCAAGGCGAAGAAUCAGUCCGAGGAGUGGAUGAAAUGUUGGGGUGCAGAUGCCGACUGCAUGGUUGAGGUGAAGAAGGAGGAGCCCGCGGCCAAGGGCGCCGCUUUCUCUGUCGGCCCGAAGACGCAGCUCCUUGCUCUUGUCUUUGGCGCGGCUCUCUUCACCCUGGCGUAA